GUCAGUUAAUGGAAAAAGUGAACAUUCACAUAUUCCAAAAUCACUGUUAAAAAAGGAAGCAGUGAAAUCAACAAAGUCUCAACACAGCACUAAAAUGUCAGCAUCAAAGAAGAGUGUUGAUUUUCACCUGCGGAAAAGUAGUUCAGUGUUAGGUGCCUCAUCACAUGAAACCAUGCAGACUUAUCAGAAUCAAGGGAACACUGUUGCUACAUCUGCCUCCUCCAUCACUCCCAGGUCAUCAAAGCACAAUGCCAUGGACAUCCUAGCCAACAGUAUUGUUGAUUCUGUUUUAAAUUCAAGUGACUCUGCACUGUUGUCAGAUGUAAGUUUUGACACCGUCCUGGAGUUUGGUGAAUUUG